AUGAGGACUAAAACGUUUCGACAUGAAUACAGAUCACACAAAUCAUGUUGUUUAUCUGUUCGCAAGUCAUAUGAGGACCUUGUCCAGCGGCUGGAACCAGUCAUCAUGGAGCUGGAGAGACAGGAAAACAUUCUGGUCAUCUGUCACCAAGCUGUUAUGAGAUGUCUGCUGGCCUACUUCCUGAACAAGAGUGCAGAUGAGCUGCCCUACCUGAAGUGUCCUCUCCACACAGUGCUGAAACUUACGCCUGUUGCCUACGGUUGUCGUGUCCAGUCUGUCUUUCUCAACAUCGAAGCCGUCAACACACACCGAGACCGUCCUGAGAAUGUGGACAUAAACCGAGACCCGGAGGCGGCCCUGGAGACGGUCCCCGAGCACACCUAGUAACAAGAUGCUGCCCUGAAGAAAAGAGGCCUUUGUCAUUGAAGCCACUGUAGAUGAUCAUUUUGACUUCAUUUCACUGUAAAUAGUCUUAAUGGAGCAUCGCUCAGGUCAAAGGUCUGUGAAACCAAAUGUUCUAUUACUGUGAAACGUUCUGUUGAACACGGGCAGGUAUGAUGACACAGAUCACUGAAACCAGAUGUUUACAUACACUAAAAAAAGACAACUCUAAUCAGACUACAAUGGUUAGUUAUGAUGUUUAAAUUUAUUCUAUUUGUUAAACGCACAAAUGAGAGAAACAUCAAGGCAAUUUUAAUUACAUUCUGAGUGGGAAAAUCUACCACCUUAUUUAACUGCUUUAAAAUACUAUUUUUAACAAUAUUUUCCAUUAAAAAAAACAGUGAAACUUUUAGAGCAACCUAAAAAAAUUAUUCAUAUUUAAAUGACAUUUGAAUUUUAACUCUUUGGGGGGGACUUUUGAUUAAAAUAAUAAUAAUAAUUAAAUAAA